CUGAAAAGCUUCAUUGUUUCAAAAUAUUUCAGCGGAUUCAGUAUGACUGCAUACCUUUCUACUACCGUAUGAAGCUGCUGGGUCUUCCUUUAGGAGCAAUCCUGCAGGCAGCUUAGAAAUGUCCAACAAGUAUAAUUAUUGGUCUCAGAACCUUCUGUCAGCUUGUUUUGCACCACUUCCAGAAACAAGUCAUGUUUAUACUCAGGAUUCUCCAAGAUGUCAUCAACAUUUUCAAGGCGUGCAUAGUGGACAGCAGCUGCAUUGUUUCAUCUCUAGAUGUGGACUCUGGAUUACAAAGAAAAAUUGCAGCUUCAGGUUAAACUGCAGUGCUCAUGCCGUUGUAUGUGUGACUUUAAUGCUGUGCUUGCUUUGCUGGCAAACAUCCAGCGCAGUGGAUCUAAAAAAUGACGUUCAACAUACUAAUACUACUGUAUGGGCUAAGGCAGCUAGAAGUGUUCUUUUCCAAGACAUGUGGUCAAAAGGCACCAUUGUACAUCACAGAAUGAACAGAACAAUUAGAAAUAGUCCUGUUGGUUACAGCCGGAGGAGAAUAUUACUGAGGAGACAGAGUGAGAAGCUUAGAAAAUACAGUUACAGCCAAAAACCCAUACAAAUGCAAAAGACCUGUCAGCCAUUGCUUAUUUUGUCCAGACAUGUGCUAACUGAAGCUUUUGGCAAAGAUACAGCUCUCAAAGUUUUACCAUCUACCACGUGUGACCAGCCUGCUACUGUGUAUCAUGUUAAGAUCAAUCCACUUAAGUUGAUCCAGGUGAAGGUGAAGCCCAUUUUACUACAUAAAGUUCUAAUGUUUCUGAAAGACUUGGGUCUUUUGGCAGAUACACACCAAGCAAAAUCAUUUUUACUUGUGAAAAAGCAGAUGAUGAAAACACAGAGAAUCCAACUGUCCAAAGCUGAUGGUAAACCCUAUGAUGCCUGCCCUGUCAAAAACUCCCAUCUAAUCCCUUGGAAUCCUGGACAUGAUCGAAAUAAGAAGAUUAUAAUAAGUGGAGGUGCUUCUCUCAGACUGGAUUCCAAUGCAACAGUUCACUCCAUUGUAAUUGAAAACAAAGGAAAAUUAGUACUUGGAGAUAAUCCAGGCAACACGAUCUUCUUGAGAACAAGAUAUAUCCUUAUUAGAGAUGGUGGUGGCUUGUAUGCUGGAUCAGAAACUUGUCCUUUCAAUUCUACUGCUGUUAUUUCACUGUAUGGUAAGUCAACAACUGGCCCAAGUGUGGACAAUUUUGGGAAGAAAUUUAUUGGCAUUGAUAAAGGAGGUAUCCUGGAAUUACAUGGAAGAAAACCUGUCUCUUGGACUCUCUUGGAUAGAACUUUAUACCCUAAUGGUCUCCAGUAUGGAUCCUAUAAGUACCAGAAAUACUGGGGCAGCAGAGGCAUUAACAUUAGAAUAAUUGAUGGAGGUACAGGUCAGAUUGUGGCAUCUGACCGAUUUGACACUCACUUGAUGAUUAAUGAAAGCAGAAGACUAGUGGAUUUUCUACGUUCUCACCCACCAGGAAGACUGGCUGCAGUGGCCGUAGGAGACUCUGCUGCUAAAAGCUUGACAAUGGAAGCUAGACAAUACAUUAAAGAAAUGCUGGGGAGCAAGUACAUCAACUCACUGGGUUACAGACAACCCUGGGCUUUGGUUGGAACCAUUGGAGGUGGUCUGUUCUCUACAACUGAAGACAAGAGACUGUAUGAAGGAAAUGGUACCACUAAUUUAGCAGUGGCUAGAAGAGACUUUCAUACAUAUGAUGGAACCCAUUUUACAGUGACUGCCUACAGUGAAUGGGUAAAAGGAAUCCCUCAUAUUGGAUUUAUUGUGGAAGUCUCUCAAGGCAUUAUUCUUACCUUACUGGAUGAUGUCAGCAGCUGGUCACCUAGCAACAGAAUAGUGAUAGCAGGAACUGACUUCUCCAUGUAUCAAGCAGAAGAAUUCACUUUGCUUCCUUGUCAAGAGUGUAAAAUAAAUCAAGUUAAAAUUGAUGGUAAUCCUCUGUACCUUCACAUGGGAGAGAUUGUAGAUGGAGUUGACAUGAGAGCUGAAGUCGGGCUGCUUACAAGAAACAUAGUCAUCAAGGGAGAGGUUGAGGACCACUGCUAUGGAGACAACCAUUGUCAAUUUUUUAAAUAUGAUACUUUUGGAGGGCAAAUAAAGAUUCAAAGAAACUUUCACUCUGUUCACUUGUCAGGCAUCGAAUUAGUGAAUAUGGGGCAGCAGGUUAUGGGGAGCUACCCAGUCCACUUUCAUUUAGCUGGUGAUGUUGACCAGAAAGGAAAUUAUGAUCCUCCAACAUACCUCAACGACUUAGCCAUUCAUCACUGCUUUUCUAGAUGCAUUGCUGUACAUGGAACACAUGGCCUUUUGGUAAAGGACACUAUUGGUUAUGACACUUUAGGACACUGUUUUUUUCUUGAAGAUGGAGUAGAACAGAGAAAUACAUUUUAUCACAAUUUAGGCCUUCUCACAAAACCUGGUACAAUAUUGCCUACAGACCGUAAUGAGGCAAUGUGUCUUUCUAUCCGUGAUAACGUUUAUGGGAAUUACAUUCCAGUGCCAAGCACCGAUUGCAUGGCUGUCAGUACAUUUUGGAUAGCCAAUCCAAACAACAAUUUAAUAAGCAAUGCAGCAGCGGGUGCUCAGGAUGUUGGGUUCUGGUACAUAUUCCACAAAGUACCCACUGGACAUUGUGAAGGUGAAUAUGAAGAGGGUCAUGCUGAAUUUACACCUCUCGGGAUAUUCUAUAAUAACAGAGCACAUUCUAAUUUCAAGGCUGGCCUUUUCAUUGGGAAUGGAGUAAAAACAACAAGAGCAAAUGCAGAAAAUCCUAGAGAGUACCUUGCGCUUGAUGUUGCCAGGUUUCGCCCUCAUAAGGAUGGAGACCCAGCAAAGCCACGUAUACCUGCUAUAAUUGAUGGUCUGAUAGCUUUCAAAAACAAUGACCAUGGUGCCUGGGCCAGAGGCGGUGACAUUAUUUUCCGGAGUUCAGGGUUUGCUGACAAUGGGAUCGGGCUCACACUUGCUAGUGAUGGCACCUUUCCAACAGAUGACGGUUCAAGUCUGGAAGUCACAGAGUCCAUUUUUGUAGGUGAAAGCAGCAACGUGGGUUGCCAUAAAGGACAAAACAUUUACUGGGGUAGAGGUGCAAAUGGAGAGUACAGAACACUUCCCAGGAACAAAACAUUUCCUAUUCGUGGUUUCCAGAUAUAUGAUGGACCUGUCAGACUGACAAAAUCUACUUUCAAAAAGUUCAUGCCAACUGCAGACAGAUUCUCCAGUGCCAUUGGUUUUUUUGUGAAGAAUUCGUGGCAGAUCAGUCCAAAAAACAAUGUAACUCAUCUAAAGAUGGAAGACGUUGAUUUGAAAGUAUUCUUCGGUAAACCUGGCCAGUGGUUUGGAAACAAUAACAACGAUGGUGACAAAACCUGUAUUUUUCAUGACCUGGAUGGUUCAGUGACAGGCUAUCGGGACACCUAUGUGGCAAGGGCAGACAACUACUUGAUUCAGCAUCCUGGAUGUAUUCGAGUACCACGAUGGAAUGGCAUUAUUUGUGCUGGGAAAUACGCACAGCUGUACAUUCAAGCAAGGCGGCCUGAGAAUCUGACUUUGAUAAUUGCCAGAGAAAGUUAUGCUAGAUAUCCUUUGAAACUGCAUGGUGUGAACCGUGGAGCACCAUACCAGCAGUACCAACCAGUCGUGAUGCUGGAGCAGGCCUACACUUUAAACUGGGAUGGCAGUGCACCUGAAGAGAUCAUUCUUUAUCCAAUAAACUUUAACAGAGACGACUGGAUUCAUCUUGCACUGUGCUAUCCUAAGGGAACAACAUUUAAAAUUGUAUCUGAUGUAAACAACAGACAAACUGGAAAAGUACACAGUGUGGAACACUACACUUUGGCACCAUCGCUGCAGUUUCUACUGGAAAAUACCCAAAAAAGGCUUUAUUACUUUGACAAGAAGUCAGGGUAUCUCUUAAUUCAUCUACAAGCAAAUCUUGCUCGCAAAGGACACAGCUACUGUGCCAAACAAGGUUGUGAACGGGUUAAAAUCAUAGCCCACAAGACUUCAAAGGAUAGCAGGAGAUGUUCUUCCAAUCCAUUCCCAGCAAAUGACCCUAAGAUACUGGCUAAGCACUUGUCUGUUUCUCCACGUCUGUCUUCACCCUGCAUUCAGUGUGGUGCCUCUAAGGUUGCUAUUACAAGUGAUCCUUCUGUGAGAUACGUGAAGAUCGAAAUUCACUCUCAAAGCGCUGGAGACAGACGUCGAAAUCUAAAGUCAGCCUUCAUUAAGAUUGGUGAUGAUGUGUUCCCAUUUAAGGGUUUGGGUCUCUUUAUUGUGGUGGUAGAUGCCUGUUCUGGAAAUGUCAUCAGCAGGCGAUAUUUUGAUACAGUCAGUGCUUAUCAUGGUGAUACUGAAAUGAUUAACAAUUAUAUUAGAAAUCGUAUUAAAGAAAGGUCAGUUGUUUUAGUGUGUUCAAGCCAUAUUGGAAAUCUGACAAACAACGGAGGUUCAUCAUUCAUGAAGUUAGGCUCUGCAAAACCAAUAGAGUUCUUCAGGAAAGGAAGUUUUGCUAUGUUAGGUUAUAAAGGUCAAGUGACGCCAUCCUGGAUUAAAAUUAUAAAUCGAGCUGCAGGUCAGAAAGUAGCUUCCCUUCAGCAGUAUGUUCCACUUGAACUGAGUGAAUACAAAUGUACAAAAAAAUCAAAAGAAAUUGGAAAAGAUGUAAAACUAUUAAAAUAUUUGUAUAAUUAGAAACAUCUAACGUCUAAAUACAGAACUUAGUGUCCAUGUGGAAAAAAAUGAUAACUGAUUUUUUAUGCGCAUGUGAAAUAUUUGUUUAAUAAUCACUAACUUUGUAUUUAAUAACAUAUGUAUUGUAUAGAAUUAUAAUAAAAAAUGAGAUUAGUUUUGCUUUGGUGUUUUCUUUCUGUUAACCUCAUGAAUCGAAGUU